GUACAGUGAGGUAGUACGCAAACAACUUCAUCAUGCUCGUAUACAACGAGGGUUGUUGUCUUCCUAUUAUCCCGUUUGUGUGCUCGGUAGCUACAAAGCUUAACAAGAAUGACAGUGCUACUUUUGGAUAAACGCUUCAAGCGGAUAAACUGAAUAGUUAUUUUAUCCGACCAUUUAAGAUAUGCCAUACCGAAAGCCAUCGCUGUGCAAGUAGCUAGAAGGUACUGAGGCUAGCGAACAUUGGCUAAAUCUCGACGGUUUUUUCUCAUUCCCCUGUCUGUUGAGGCUGGAAAGUAACUUAUUAAUUAAUUAGCUAGCUAGCUAGCUAGUCAUUAAGUUCAAGCUCGUGCCCAGCCAGAAGAGGAUGAACUGGCUUUUCCCCUUAUCCAAGGGUUCUGGACCUCUCCCACCUCUCAAUAGCUUACAGCAACAAAGACAAAGGCAGAUCGAGUCACUCAAAGCUGCCCACUCCAGGUAAAUCAACAUCACUUCCUAGCAAUGCUAACUAGCUAGUUAAGGCUAACUCGGUGGCUAGUCAGCCUUGAUAGCUAGCUAAAGUAUUUGCUACUAUUUAAAGCGUUGUCACGAGGUGUAACUAGUGUGUAUCGUGCGAUGACUAGCUAGCUAGCUAGCUAACGUUAGUGUCCCCUAUUGCAACACCGACAGUGAUGGGACUAGGUCAGAUUAAAGUAUUAUGUGUUGUUUACAAGUAGAGAGAGGUGCCUCUCUGCUCUCUUCUAGAUAUUCAACCUGAGUUUAUAGGCGACAAAAUUGUAACGUUAUGUAGCUAAUAUGAACAAUAUGUCUAAUGUAUACACGUAUGACACUGUCUUUUUAAAUAUUCUAGCUAGCUAAAUCAAUUUUGGAUUGACGUUUUAGCGCCUCUCAAGGUAUAGUGUCAAACUGGUUUGUAUCAAACGUUAUAUGUUUCGGUUUUCUUCUCCUACAGUUUAGCAGAGAUCCAGAAAGAUGUGGAGUACAGAAUCCCUUUCACAGUCAACAACUCAACUAUCAGCGUCAACAUGUGAGUGAGCUACACGUUUACAGAGUUAUCAUUAACAUAUGAAUGCAUGUUUAUGUUUUAGCAUCAACAUAUGAGCAUGUUGUUCUAUCAGUGUCAAAGUGUGUGUAAACCCCAAUAGCUCAUCCUGCCAUUGGUUUACAGUACAGCUAGGUUAAUCUUCCAUUUACCUGGCUAUGUCUGACUUGUUGAUUAUUUAUUGCAUGAUCAAUAGGGCUCAAACCCUCUGAACUCAAUGGCUACUAUCACUUUCAGUUACCUCUUGCUCUCUGUCUUUCUCCCCCCCCCCCCCAUCUCCCCAUCCCCCCUCCUCCCUCCCCCUCUCUCUCCCCCCCCCCCUCUCUCUCCCCCCCCCCUCUCUCCCCCCCCCCCCCCUCUCUCCCCCCCCCCCCCUCUCUCUCCCCCCCCCCCCUCUCUCCCCCCCCCCCCCCCUCUCUCUCCCCACUUCUCUUUCUCUGCAGCUUGCUUCCACCUCAGUUUCCCCAGGAGAAGCCAGCAGUCAGCGUGUACCCUCCAGUAGGACAUCACCUGGUAGACAGCAACAAUGGCACCAUGGUUACCAGCCCCCUCAUUACUAAUGUAAGUCCAUCUCAACUAGAUAUGAUGUUAUUUAGGUCUACUCCAGCAGUACGAGGGACAUGGGAAGCAAAAUCUGUGGUGAUCCGAAGGGUAACCAUCUUAUGUUUUUCUCUAGGUAUUCAUACUUGUUUUCUUACUAGUUCAUUGUCUGUAUAAGGGUAGGUGUUGACAUGGAUGCAAAGAUCUGGUAUUCAUGUGUUUGUCAUGAAGCUAACAGGCCUAUGUUAAUUUGUUCUCAGUUUGGAAUGCACUCAGAUCUGGGCAAAGUCAUCCAGAGUCUCCUGGAUGAGUUCUGGAAGAGUCCACCUGUCCUGACGUCUGGCCCCACCGGCUUCCCUUAGUCAGUAGCACACACACACCAUGCCAUCAUGUAAUCCUUUGUUGGCCCUUGAAGGCAAAUUCUUUGGGUUGCAUGUAAUACACUAUGAAAGGACGAUCAAAAGGUGUAAAAAGUCCCAUGAGAGACAGCCAUAAUAACUGCCAUAGCUUUACAGUGAAGGAUACAAGGAGUCAGAAAGACCAGCUCAGUGACUAGUGUUAUUUAACUGAGGACAUUUUCUUCACAAAGGGAGCCCAUUCUCAUCAGCUUUCUGUUUCUCCCAUCUUUCCUCUAUGCUCUCUCUCUCUCUCUCUCUGUGGUGCAGUAACAUGUUCAAGCCGUCGGGGAUGCCUCCCUACCCCACACAGGGCUUCCACUACGGGCCGCGCCUCGUGGGCCCCACCCCGCCCCACGUGGGUGUAGAGGGUGCUCACGUUCACAGCCCUCCCUGGGCAGCAGCCCCUGCCUACGGCCUCAUCACUGACCUGCCUCUCCCCGUACCCACCGCAGACUCCCAGGUAAACGCACUACCACAGGUUCAUUGAAGUUUAGUUUAUCCAGUAGAUAUCUGGCUAAUACCGACAUAAUACCUAAAUGUAUGUAUAAGUUAAGGAGACUACUUGGCAUGCAGUUUAGACGCCUCAAGAUGUUUAAUGUAGCAAUGUUUAAUCAGGACAGACAAUUACCCACAGACGGACCUGUUCUUCUAGUUAGAAUCAUUGGGGGCAUCUAUUAUAUUUGUAUUAUAUUAUUAUAUAUUGUACUUUAUUUAAAAAACACCUCACCGCCAGCCCUAAGCGCACAAUACCCUAACAACGGUUGCCAGGCACUGAGGCCUGUCAGAGCCACCUGCGGACUAGAGCUCCUGUAUUAGAGUACUGCUGUGAUUGUCAAGUGCUUAGCUACUUGUUUUAUGUGUUGGUUAGCUACAUAAGACGUGAUAUCGCUCUGUCUGCAACAGGCUGGGUUGAACGGCCACAUGUACAAGAUGCCUGAGAUUCCUGAAACAUUUCCUGAGCUGUCUGAAAUGAGGUAUGUGCAUUCUGCCACUGGCGUUUAAUACGUCGGCCACUUUUUGGGCCGUGGAGUCCAAAUGUAACGUAUGAGGACACGACUCAAAGAAAUGUUGAGGUAUAAUGAUAUGUAUAUAGGUGUCAGUGGAGGCUGGUGGGAGGAGCUAUAGGAGGACGGGCUCAUUGUAAUGGCUGGAAUGGAGUCAAUGGAUCGGUAUCAAACAUAUGGAAACCACGUUUGACUUCGUUCCAUAAAUUCCAUUCCAGCCAUUACAAUGAGCCCGUCCUCCUAUAGCUCCUCCCACCAACUUUCACUGAUAGGCAUGUACGUAAUUGACAGCCAAUGAUCAAUCUGGGAUAUUCAAUCUUGGGUGGACAAUAAAGUUAUAUUGUAUUCCAAUUCUGAACCUUCACGUGUGGGUUCCCAUCACUUAAUCCCACAUCAACCUACAUUUUAGCGCUUUCCUUUCUCUCUCUCCCAUGUCCCACCAUAUCCCUCUCUGACUGACUGUGUGUGUUGUCCCCAGUGUGUCCCAGCUGAAGGACAUGAGUGAGCAGGAGGACGUGCUGCUGGAGUUGUUUGUGUGCCUGCCCCAGCUCAAACAGGUCACCACUGACAAGGAGGAGCUGGUCGACAGCAUCGUGGACAUGGCCAGUGAGUCUCACUGGUGGUUUCUAAACCUGACUGGGUAGUGAGUGACGCCCUGUAUAGCCAAAGCCUUUAGUGCUUUCUUGUGACCCACCAUGUACACACACAAACAAAUGCUAGAGCAACGACCACAGCUAUUAUGAGCUUCCAGUCAUUAUGCUAACGCUAGUUAGCAAUGGCGCCAGAAACGACCUAAAACUCCCUUCAAACUGCACACAGACAGAGACAUACCAUUUUUAUCCAUGAGUUCAUCUGAUUGGUUAAGGAGAUGAAGGGCUUCAUUGCCAAAAUCACAAACUAUCCCCAGAGCCCAAAAGGAAUCAAACAAGUUACUGGUCCAGGGCCACUUUUGGUGUCAAGCUCAUAAUCACUAUGGUUACACAGAUCCUCAGUCAUUUAAUAUGGGCAGGUAGUGAAAUAAGUGUGUAGUAGAACAUGGGAAAGUUUUGUAGCUGGGUUCACUGCUGCCCUAGGACACACACUGACAUGUCUUGGUCAUCUCUCUCCCAGAGAAGAACCUGCAGCUGGAACCUCAACUGGAGGGGAGGAGACAAGAAAUGCUGUUCAAGGUGAGGGACCCGGAAUAAUACACGCUCACUGGCUCUUAAUGAACGCAGAGGGUCUGUCUGUCAAUAUACGUUAGCUAUAGGACUCUACCUGUAUGAACGUCUCAUGACAACUGUCAGUUUAUUACUAACGUUAUAGUUGAUACCACCUUAUACCAUUGACCCAAGUUGAAAUGUGAAUCGGGAUCAGUCCUACUGCUAUAGAUUGCAAUAGAUGGUAUAUUGUGUUGUAACCACUAGUUCUUACCGUUCCACUUGUUGUGUUGACAGUACGAGCAGCUAACCCAGAACAAAUCGGCCUUUGAGACCAAGAUGCAGAGACAACACGACAUCAGUGAGGUAAGGUGUUCCCUGCACUAAACACACACGUGAUGAUCAGAGGUUUUCAAACCUCAAAAGUAGAUCAAUAUUGACAAGUCCAUGCACCAGGCCAUGAGUUGUUUAAUUCGGUGCUCAUCUUUUCCAUGUUUUUGGGGUUGAAAUAUAUACAGAUUAUUCACAACACAACUUAUGUUGUGAGGUGUGGAUUUGGCUUGACAUCAGACACAUUUUGAGGUUUGAAAACAUUAAAAAAGCAUUGCUUUUUAAGUGUUAUCCUAUGAAAUUGUCUUGUUCUCCAGAGCUGCAGUCUGAGUGCCCUGCAGGCUCGUCUGAAGGUGGCAGCCCACCAGGCGGAGGAGGAAUCGGAGGAGACGGCCGAGAGCUUCCUAGAGGGCAAGACGGACAUCGACGACUUCCUGGCCAACUUCAUGGAGAAGAGGACGGUAAACGGAACUAACUGACAAAAAGUGAUGAAAGAAAGACUGAUACCAGCACACUGCAGAAUUCUACGACAAAUGUAUUGUUCAACGUUUCAACACAUGUUUUCGUUGUCAAAACGUUGCACAAUAAAACUGUGGUAGUGUUCUACAUUGUGCGGAUGGAUAUCUGUCUUUCUUUCAACAGUAACUGAACUAGCAGAGUUAGAAGAAAACGGUCAUGACAUAGUCCACGAAAAAAAGAGCCGGGAAGCAUUGAGCUUUUGUGUAUGGAGACACUGUGUGAACAUCUCUGUGGUAAUAUGAACACGGUGUACUGCGACAACAAGUCAACAACCAGGAACUGGGAUUCAAUGGGAAUACAGUCUGUUACACAGUAGUCAAUGUUUGAUUUCAUAUUGGGACUGGUGAUGUGACUCAUGACUUGGUGUGUGUGUGUUCUCGCUGUACAGCUUUGCCACAGCAGAAGGGCCAAAGAGGAGAAGCUGCAGCAGUCCAUCAACACACAUGGACAGUUCCCUAGCAGCCACUAAGCCCCGCCCCCCUUCCCCUCACACACAUUUCUAAAAGGUAAACACACUAACACCACUCUGUUGGUUGAAGUACAUACUGUAUGAAUGGAUUUAUGAAACCUGAUCUUAAAGGGUAAAUCUGGGAUUCAAACAUCUACAAAUCUAUGUUUUGGUAAACAACUGUAGAAAUGUAACCACUCUCAUAUUCAUACACGGAGCUAUGGAUGCAAGGACUGACUAUACUUGAGAUCAAUGAUGGGUUUAACCAUGUUCCAUUUUUGUCUUUCUUGAUCAUAUUAUUUUAUUUUGACACCUAAUCUUCUCUUCUCAGGUAUGAAGUUUUAUCUACCAGCAAGACGCCCCUAAAGAGAGGAGAAGCACAUCUUGGUGUUGAUAGACUUAAAGAAGCAACCAUUAUUGAAUUGUAACCCUGAACUAGGCUUUUGAACUCAUUUCAGUAUACAGUUUCCAGUGAUGAUGAUGAUGAUGGUUUGCGACUGGUCUCAUAUAUAUAUACAUACAUACAUACUU